AAAAAAACACAAUUUUUCAUUCAGUUUACCAGUUUGAAAUCUAAAAGAAAAGAUGAUAGAAACAGACAAAAUUACAACAUGAUCUACAUCGGAGAUCGAAUUUAAUACAUGUUUAAAUAAUGGACCCCCAGCGCAGUGCCCAAGAUGUUAUCCGAUGUGAUCUUUGUGAGACUGCUGUGGUACAGAUGCACUGUGAUUUCUGUGAUGUUAACUUAUGUAUACCUUGCAUAGGAAGACAUAUUUCAGAUGGCUAUGAUAAACAUAAAGUGGUUCCUUUCGAAGAGCGGAAAACAACCUUGGUUUUUCCAAGGUGUACAAUACAUCCAACCAAAAGCUGUGAGUUACAGUGCAAGGAAUGCAACAUUCCUGUUUGUUUAUUAUGCUCGGUCUCCAUUCAACACAAAAAUCAUGAUCUCUUAGUCCUUUCAGAAAUGCUUGAUGCAAAGAAAGAAUCCCUUACAAAUGAUACAAAAGAAAUAGAAAACAACCUUUUACCAACAUAUGAAUCAUUAGCAAUGGACAUAGAAACUCAGAUGACAAGUUUAGAUGGGGAUUACGUGAAUCUUACAGAGUUAGUGACGAAACACGGAGAAGAAUGGCACAAAGAAAUUGACAGAAUUGUAGAUGAAAUGAAAAAGGAAAUUAAUGAGAUGAAAGACAAACACAAAAGCAUUCUGAAACAACACCUUUGCAAAAUCAAGGAAACACAGUCUCUUAUGGACCAAACACUGCUCACUCUAAAGGAAAUCGAAGAGUCGAAUAAAGUAAUCCUGGCUUUAGAAUACACUCCAAAAAUUAAAGAAUUCGGUAAACUUCUUCCCAAAGUUCAAAUAUCAAUACCAAAGUUUACUACAGGAAAUUUAAACAGGGAACAGAUUUAUAAAUUAUUUGGAUCUCUAUCACCUUUAUCCAUCACAAAAGAAGAAGGUUACGGGUUGAAGGAAAUGGUGGCCACAAGUAAAAUACUCCUGGAAUCACCCGAACUGAUUACGUCUAUAAGUACCGGGUUUAAUCGUAUCAACGGUGUCACCUGCCUAAGUGAAGAAGAAAUUUGGAUUUGUGGCACCACAGAUGAUUUAAAAUGUUUGAACAUACAAGGCUCGGUUAAAAAGACUGUCCAAACAAAAUCAGGGAAAUCUUCAAAUGAUAUAACAUUGACAGGCGAUGAGGAUCUGGUGUACUCUGAUGGGCCAACAAGGACUGUGAAUAAAGUAAGGAAUGGACAGAUAGAGGAGAUGUUCACACUACAGCGUUGGGUACCUAAACAACUCUGUAGUACCGCCUCUGGUGAUCUCAUGGUUACUAUGUACAGUGAUGAUAAAAUACAAUCCAAAGUUGUUCGUUACACAGACUCCACAGAAAAACAAACAAUCCAGUUUGAUGAACAGGGUAAACCUCUUUUUUCGGGGAAUGCCUGCACUAAAUACAUCAGAGAAAACAGAAACCUUGAUAUCUGUGUGGCUGACUUUGGAGCUGGCGCUGUAGUCGUAGUCAAUCAGGCUGGUAAACUCAGAUUCAGAUACACUGGUCAUAUAUUUACUACUAAGAAAAAAUCAUUCAAGCCAUGGGGGAUCACAACAGAUAGUCAGUGUCAGAUCCUGACAUCAGAUUAUUAUAACAACUGUAUUCACAUUCUUGACCAGAAUGGACAGUUCCUCCGUUACAUAGAUAACUGGGAUUUAAAAGAACCUACAUGUUUGUGUGUUGACAAAAGUGAUAAUCUCUUUGUUGCUGAGGAUCGUCGCUCUGGAAAUCUAAAAAAAAUUAAAUAUGCCAGAUAGUUACAAUUUCAGAGUAUCAUACUGCAUUCACUUAAAUAUGCAUGUACUACCGGUAUUAGUUAUUUCCAUUUAUGUUGAACAAUCCCUAGCUAUUAUUAAUAUUUCCAAAAA